AUGGCUUACACCGCACUUCAAUCCCCUCACCAGGGCAACAAGUUCCCUGGCCGAUGUGGCGGUCGUCAUAAUUCCAAUGCAAACUUCUGCAAGCAUUUUAACCGCCGCAAUAAGGCGCAUUUCUCAAAUGAAUUCGUCAAAGAUAUUGACGGCAACAUCACCAUGGGGGGCGUGGAGUCUGCAGCUUCACGGCCCUUCCCUCAGGGACACCAAAACCCGGGUCCCCAUCGCGGUAAUGGCCGCAAUCGUAAUAAUCGAAAGCGUAACCGGCAUCAAAAAACAGGUCCCCGUGGUCCUCUCCCGCAACAGCGAAGGAAGGGUCAAGCUCAAAACGGGGCAAAAUCAUCUCACGCUCCACGAGAGCUAAACUUCUGGGAACAAGUCAACUGGGAACUAAAAGACACUCACAUGCAGGACACUCCUGCACCUGCGGAAUGGACCCAGUUCUCGUACGCUAAUACGAAUUGGCUCCAAACUCAGAUGGACUACGACGAUGACGUUGUCAUGGGUGAAGCACCCUCGCUCACCAUGUCCCUUCUACCCGAGAUGAUGAGCCUGAUGAGCGUGCGCUCGUGA